AUGUCUGCAAGAGGAAGAGGUAGAGGUAGAGGAUCCACCCGUUCUUUCAAUAGAGAAAAAUUGAACGCUUUAGGCGCUACAGGUCCAAAUACUGAACCACAACAAAAACGAAAUUUAGAACCUCCACCUCUCUUUCCACCUUCACAUAAAAUCCCAGUGACAUUUGACUCAUCUAAAACUUCAGACUAUGAAAUAGUUCUAAGAAAUUCCUUUGUGAAACACCUACAGUCAACUUACUCCUACAUGAAUAUGCCAGAACAAUCCAACGAUGACUCAGAAAAGAUCAGACUUCCUGCCCCAAAAAAGAUGACUUACGAUUGGCACUUGUUACCCUCAGAACUACGUCCAAAAUUGAAGGCAAAAAGACAAAUCAAAGCUUUGAAGAAGGAGGACAACGACAGCUUCUUGGCGAAACUGGGAAAUUUGGAGAAAAUGGAGAGUAACUCUUGGUCUGAAGAGGUCAAAACUAAGCCUAAAGAGGAAGAGGAUGAAGAUGAUGGAAUGGAGCAAGGAGAUGAAGAUAUGGAGGAGGAAAUUGAAGAUGGAGAUGAUUAUGACAAUAAUUACUUCGAUAAUGGUGAAGAUUAUUGUAAUGAUGAAGAUGACAACAUAGAUGACGGUGCUGUAUAUUGA